AUGCGCUCGUCAUUGAUGCAGAAUCUUGUGCUGGUCCUCGCAGCGUUUGUGCUUCUUGCACCGGGUCUGCAUGUGUCUCCAGAGGACCUCAACACCCAGCUUCUGUCGGAAUAUGACUACAUCGUAGUCGGCGCUGGACCUGCUGGUCUUGUCGUUGCUUCCAGACUUUCGGAAGACCCCAAAGUGACAGUGCUUGUUCUUGAAGCCGGACCACUGGACAAGGAUGAAAGCAUCGUCACCAUACCAGACAAGAUUGGCCAAGAUCUGGGAACAAUCUACGAUGCGAAUUUCUCGACGACACCACAGCAGUUCCUCAACAAUAGAACCAGACAGUUCAAUCAGGGAAGAGCCGUUAGAGGCGGCACAAUACUGAAUGGCAUGGUCUGGACCAGAGGUCCUGCUGCAGAUUACGAUGCCUGGGACACUCUCAAUCCUGGCGGCGGAUGGGGCUGGCACGAUCUUCUGCCGUACUUCCAGAAGAGCGAGACAUUUACCUCGAUGGAGAGCGAUGAGUUCUCUAUCCGCCCUGAUGAUGACUUCCACGGCACCAUGGGACCAGUGGAAGUCGGCUAUCCUCGAUACAUCUACAAUCAAUCAGGCAACUUUCUACGUGGAAUGAAAGAGAUGGGAGUGCCCAUUCUCACCGAGGCUAACAAUGGUACCGGCACUGGCGCCAUGAUCUCACCAUCGUGUACUUCCUCAACCAACCAGUCACGUUCUGAUGCCCGAACGGCGUAUUUCGACACGGCCAUUGAUCGAAACAACCUUCAUGUCGCCUCAGAACAGACCUUCAUUUCUACUUCCUAUAAUCACACGAGACGGAAUGUUACGUGCACUCGAGAGGUCAUCCUGGCAGGAGGUGCGAUCCUUUCACCGACUCUGCUUCAGCUCUCAGGGGUCGGACCGUCAUCAGUCUUGGAGGAACUGAAUGUCACCGUCCAGAUUGAUCUUCCCGGUGUCGGUGCCAAUUUCCAAGACCACGGGAUGGUCAACGCCAUAUAUCGAUGUCCAUGGACGGCACCACUCAUCAGCGCAACGGGAUUUCCGUCGCUCCGCCACCUGUCGGUUGACUGGGCAAACCUCCUUGCGGCAACCUCAGCAGACUCAGAUGGAUUUGACACGCAUCUACCAACUGACACCCAUCCCUCUGUGCGAAGUGGCUAUGUCAUCCAGCGAAAAGCCCAGCUUCGUCUCCUCCGCGACCCGCUUCAGACCGCUGCCGAGAUCAUGGCAGACUCCAAGGGCACACUGACUGUCGCAAUGCAGAGACCCCUAUCUCGCGGCACCGUCCGGCCCGCAGCCUCCGGAUCAGCUCUCGAUAGCCCUCAGAUUGACCCCCGAUACUGUUCCGAGCCCUUCGACUGCGAAGUGCUGGUGCGGGCGUUGCUCUUUACUUGUGCCUUGGUACGGACCGACGCCAUGAAACCCCUGGGCGCGGUCCCCCAAGAUCCCUUCUCGUGCCCCGAAGGGCCAUUGAGUUCGACCAAUCUGACCGCCGAAUACGAGAGCCUGCUAGACCUGGUACGAUCUCGCCUUCAUACUGAGUUCCACCCCAGCGGCACGACGGCGAUGAUGCCCCUAGAGCUGGGAGGUGUGGUCGACCCAACUUUGCGAGUGUAUGGUACAGAGAACUUGCGUGUUGUGGAUGCUGGAGUCAUGCCUCUGAUUGUGGGUGCACAUCUGCAGGCGGCUGUGUAUGCUGUCGCCGAGAAGGUAAGUUGA